AUGGGUCACUCAAACUCAACACUUCAAUCUCAUCAGCUCUCAGCUGGUGGAAUCGAAAAGGGAAUUCCACCCAUCAUCCGCGUCUCAUAUGAAUCAGGCUGGAGGAAAUACGCCUGCUUUGCUCGCAUGAAACUCUUUCUUAGUGGCCCCAACGGCGAGCCUAUGUACACACUCAACUUCGCCAAGGGCUUAUACGGCGACAUCAUCCUCCACAGCGGAUCAUCCAUCGACUCACCACCACUGGCUGCUUCUGGUAGACAGUCGAGCCUGCGCGAUGAUUAUUUAAUCACAUUACCUUCACUUUCUGGUAAUGCUCCUCAAGAGGAGAUCCUCCGUCGUCCCAAAGGACUCAAGGGACGAUUCUGGUUUGCUAUCCAGGUCGGCCAUGGCCCGGACCAGCGCGUAGAGCGUUUCGAAUGGCGACGCUCUCGAGGCGCUGAAGUCAAGAGCGUUGGUCAAUCACGCUGGGGCGGAUACAAGCUCGUCCGUCUUGGCAGCACAAACACCAAAGAGGAAUACUCCUCCAGCGAAGAAGAUCUUCACGAUGGUAGCACCAACGGAGAGGGCUACACCAGCGACGGCAAGGAGGUCGUUGCUGUUUGGGGAAGCACAAACUGCCUCAAGAGUUUGUCGGGCGUUGGAGAGUUUCAAUUCCGAGGAAGCGGUGCUACAGGCGAGUUGGGCCAGUUAUGGGCGUUGAUGGCGGUCAUGAGCUGCAUGUCGAUCUGGCAGAAGGUUCAGAGAGAUAAUGCUACGGCUGGUGCAUCAUCCUCAUCGGCUGCUUCGGCUUCUGUAGCAGCAUCUGCUUAG